AACAAUAUUUAAAGAACUUUGAAAUAAGAAAAAAAUAAUAAAUAAAUAAAAAACAACAGUCGUUUAUUCGCGAUAGAAUUUGAUUGUGACGGUUAUAUGUAAUCGUAUGGGACGGAAUUGUCGAUUUUUUUUUUUUUUCUUUUGGUGCGUGCCGUGCGAUCGUGAUUACAUGUGAUUUUUUUUUUUUUUUAUCUCGCUGCUCGUACACGUAUGCGAUAUACGAAAAAACUACAAGAAUCGCACAAUAAUCAACAUAGUAAAAUCGUGAUAAACAUAGUAAUAUAAUAUAUAUAUAUAUAUGCACGCCCACAUACGCAUGUAGGAUAAUAAAUAUAGAAGAGUGAUACACAGUUCGAGGAAGAGAGGAGGCAGGAAAGACGGCGAUAUAAAAUUCCUCAUCGUUGCGAUACGCGGGGCGGGGGGGGGAGGGGAGUGAUUUCAUUUCCCAACACCGUCGACAAUAUGAUGGAUUCAGGGCCCGGUGUCCCGUUCGAUUUGGAGGGUAGUUUCGAGCCCCAGGCACGCGCGAGAUCCAACACAUGGCCGCUCCCUCGGCCCGAUGGUUACGACGACGGGCCCGUCGGUGCGGCGGGGGGCCCGGGGGGCGGGGGCGUCGGCAUCGGUAAGGAGGGGGUGGAGGGCGGUACGCCACCGCAGCAGGGGGCGCUGGGUCCGGGGGCCGGAUUGAUGCCGGUAAAGAAGAACUCAUCGCGUAGGAACGCGUGGGGGAAUUUAAGCUACGCCGAUCUCAUCACACAGGCGAUUACCAGCGCCGCUGAGAAACGUCUUACGCUGUCGCAGAUAUACGAGUGGAUGGUCCAGAAUGUUCCGUACUUCAAGGACAAGGGGGACAGCAACAGCAGUGCCGGAUGGAAGAAUUCGAUAAGGCACAAUUUGUCGCUGCACAAUAGAUUCAUGCGGGUGCAGAACGAAGGAACUGGCAAGAGUUCAUGGUGGAUGAUAAACCCGGAUGCAAAGCCAGGAAAAUCGGCACGGCGACGUGCGACGUCGAUGGAGACGAGUAAGUUCGAGAAGCGUCGAGGUCGCGUAAAGAAGAAGGUCGAGGCGCUUAGAAACGGUGGACUUCAGGCCGACGCUACACCGAGUCCCAGCAGCAGCGUCAGUGAGGGCCUCGACCUGUUUCCGGACAGUCCUCUCCACUCAGCAAGCGGUUUUCAGCUUUCGCCGGACUUUCGACCUCGGGCUUCCAGCAACGCUUCGUCCUGUGGCAGGCUAAGUCCGAUUCCCGCUGUCUUCGGAGAGCCCGACUGGACACCAUCCUACGCGCCAUCCUACAGCCCCGAUCAGCUCGCUGGCAGCUUGGCCGAGUCCAUGAAGCUGGAAUCAUACCAAAUGUACCAAACCUCACCGCCGAACCACCAGCAGACCGGACCUCCACCUUCUUACUACGAGGCGCAGUACCAGCGGAACAACUCCUUGCGCACCGGGUCCUCAUCCUACGGCUUACCACCCACGCCUCAGUCCGCCAACCAGCAGAGAUGUCCUCACCACCGCCUCCAGCCCUGCGCCUGUCAAAUGAACCUGAGCCCAGUCUCCGGCAUGUCACCGUCCUAUUCGCAAAGUGAACCUAGCCCGUCGUCGUUGGGGGGAAGCCAACAGCAACAGCAACCACCGCAGUACCUAAUGCAGAACCAGCAACAGCAGCAACAGAAACAGCAUCAACAGCGUCAAGCGCAAACAAGGCCCGCGGGUCCAAGUCCACCGCACACGCCAUCGCCCUGCACGCCGACACCGAGCACAAUGAUGGGCCAGUUGAUGGGGGCCCUGAACAACGCGACGCUACUAGACGACCUGAACAUCAACAUCGAGUCGCUGCACGGCGGCUUCGACUGCAACGUAGAAGAGGUGAUAAAGCACGAGCUGUCGAUGGAAGGCUCCCUCGACUUCAACUUCCAGCAGGGCGUGAUGGGCGUUGCGUCCGUGCAGGUUAGCGAUGCUGGCGCCGUUGGCCAGGGCGGCGUCUCCCAGAGCAAUCAGAGUACCGCCAACAACGCCACGGUCGUUUACGCUAACGCGGCGAAACCAUCAGCACCUUCCUGGGUCCACUAGCGACCAAAGACCUCAGCCCUCCUCGUCACUGCACCCGGAACGUUUCUGCAGUAUCUCGAUACCACGACGACAGCUGACGGAGUCGAGGCGCGCUGCAUCGUUUCAGAUGUACGCGGAGGGCUGCAGUAUAAGACCGUGGAAGGAUUGGUUUGUGAUAAAGUACAGUAGGUUAUUUUAAUUUCUUUUCCCAUCGUCCGUUUUUGUUCAGUUUUUGCAACUUUUCUUUCCCCGACAACGAUAUAACCGCCUGUAUACGUACUUCAAAAGAAAAUAUAAAUCAGCUUAAAACACAGACAAAAAUAGAUGCCAGCCUACACACAUUCAACUAUAAAUAAAUGAGUACAUAUAUAUAUAUGUGUAUAUAUGUAUCUUAUAUGUACGAUUAAUUAGUGCAAUUGGUGCAAAGAUGAAAGAGAGAAGAGAAAGAGGAGAAAAGAAAACAACAACAACAACAAUGACGAAAAAUAUUUAACUAUAUGUUAAAUGUAAUCUAGGAUUCUGUUUUUAUAGGUGCUCAAAUGGUAGUGGAAUUAAAUAAUAUAACGAUAAAAAACAACAACAACAACAACUAAACAAAUGAAAUAAUUAUGUUAAUGAAUGUAGACGUAAGUAAAUAAGGAAUUAAGUUAUUGAGUAAGUAGAAAGAAAGCGGGGGGACGGGGACGGGGGGGAUUAAAUUUGAAAAACUUGGAAUAAAAUGAAAAACGCGACGCGAUGUGAAUUUUCCUCAACGCUACGUGGGAUCCACUGCACGACGGAAUUUCAAAUUCCCAAAAUAAUUUUUUCUCUUCAAUCUUCAAUAUCCGUUGAUACUUCAUACCUCAAAAAGAGAUUAAAAACAUGAGCGGGAAAAGAAACCGUCGCCAUGGAUAUUCUCGUAAUCACCGCGUUAAGUGUUUGAAUAUUGAUUGCAAAUGAAGAUAUUCGUUUGCAUUAUUGAGAUUACCCAAACACUUUGCAUACAAUAAAUUACACAUGCACGCGUCGUACAAUGUGUGAGACGUACGUAUACAUGUAAAACCUAUCGUUCCAUUCGUGGCUCGUGUGGAUUUUUAUUUUUAUUUUACAUCAUUGGCCUGAUAAAUUUCUAAAAAUAUCAUUAACAAGCGUACAACAAGAUAUUAUUGUUUUUUUUUUUUUUUCUGUUCCCUCCCUUCCCCCCAUUUUUAUUGUCACCGAUGACCACGAACGGUUUUCAAAACUUUAUACGAUACGUUUACUAUUCUAUACAUACGCCCUAAUAUAUAUAAUUAUUACCAAUACGUACAUACAAUUUAGAGUUAGAAAAAUUUAAAAUUAAACAUAUGUGUAUAUAUAUAUAUGUAUAUAUAUAUAUAUAUAUAUAUAUAUAUAUGUACCUAUAUCAAUUAGCAUAAUAUACAUAACUACUGCCUAUGUGUACCUGAUGCGUACGUAUAGGUUUACACGUUCGUUAGUGUUUUUAUUACUUUUUUUUUUUUUUUCUUCUUAUUCCGAUUUGGAAGGGGGUCUAAGGGACGGAUGCGAAGCUGUAAGUUUAACUGUCUUUUUCCAUCGACGAAAAAAAGAUUUAUCGUGGAGAAAAUUAUUUUAUAAGGAAAUACUCUGCCAUAUGUUAACAAUUAUGCACAUGCUCAUAUAUAUGUAUAUGUAAUAUAUAUAUAUAUAUACGUAUGUAUGCGAUUGUACCUAUAUUGCAUAUUAUGUUUUGAAGAUAAGAGACGGUGCGAAUAUCGAAUCGCCCCAUAAUUUACGAGAGGUUCAGCGAUCGUGUAAACUGUAGUGAAAAAAGGAAGUGAUUUCGAUAUAGUAUAUAUAUAAAUAUAUAAUAUAUUACUAAUGUAUAUUAUCGUUAUUUUUAGUUUUCUGUUUUUUUUUUUUUUGUUCAUUAAUGAUCGUUCAUUUAUUCGUACGGGUACACAAAUCAAGUCAAUAAUUUUAACUUUUAGACGCUCAUUUUUAUAUAAUACAUACGUAAAUACAUAUGCGCAUGCAUAGAAACAUAUACGUUAAUACACGUUAUACUUGCAAUUCUAUUAUCGUUAUUCAUCAUGCUUCCCUGCAUAUAUUUUUACGGGAAACUGUUACGCAUUUUACAUUUUUUUUUUUUUUUUGUUCAUCAUUGUUUUAAUCAGAUCCCCCCCCACGGUUCAUAAAUACUGACGACGCGAUAGGUAUCGGUGGAGAUCGGCAGGAUCAACCUUUCGAAAAAUCAUUGCAAUCGAUCCCUCAGAAGUAUGACAUUAUAUCAUGAAAAGUUCUUGUUAUUGUUUAGUGAAAAAUGAAAAAAUCGAAUCCCCAGAGUUCCGUUACCACUUAGGGAAGUUGAUAAAAAUACUUCAACUAUAAUGAUAUAAUAAUAAUCGAAAAAGUCUCGGUAUUAAAAACCGCGCGUUAUCAAGUUUUGCGUAGUAGUUUCAUUUUUAUUCUUCAAUUUAUUUCCAUAGCAUUGAUGAAUCUCGCGCAUGAGAAAUAAGGAAAAAAAAAGAAAAAAAACGCAGGAAACCAAAAAAAUUACGUACGGAGACCAAAUAAAGAUGAACGAAUAACAUUUUCACGUUGAAAAUAUAAGUCUAGGAACCUGCAGACGAUAGAUGACAGAUAUAGAAAAAACCGAGAGGGGGGAAGACAGUAAAUAAUUGGCGUUGAAAUCAAUGCGUUUAACGUUGGUAAAAUUGCAGAGUAUAUGCGAAGAAGAGUGACGAUGAUGAUGACAAUUUUAAUGAUGAUUAUACCUGUAGCGUAAAAAUAUUAUAUAGAAAAUUUUUUGCGGCAUUCGCGUCAAUGCAGCAUUUAAUGCGAUAUUCAAUGUUAUGCAUACACAUAUACCCAUAUAGAGUGUUUGAGAAACGGUGGAACGGCGACGA